CUUCGUUAGACGGGGAGGACGCGUAGGAGAGAGCGCUCGCUUCCGUCGUCACCUACGUCGCGAUGACGCGAGGAAACGAACGUUAGGUAGAGGAGAGGGAGAGGAGACACAGCGACCACGCCGGCGCGCGCUCCGGUCGCGGGGAUCGCCAUGCUGCGUUCGGUAGGGCUCUCGCCGACCACGUCGACGGCGGGCGCGUCGCGCGUCGUCGAGGCGCGCGCGCGCUGCGCGUCGUCGACGUCGCCGCGAGCGGCCCGAAUCGAAUGCGCAUCUGACGUGGCGAGAAGGAACGCGCGAGUCGCGUCGUGCGCGAGCGCGUCGAGCUCGAGCGCGUCCGCGUUCGUGGGCACGCGGCUGAACGGCGUUCACCACGCGAACGCGGUCGUAUGGGAACCAGUCACGGCACGUUAUCAAGAUCGAUGGAUCGCGCGCGCCGCGACGCGACGGUGGCGAGCCCCACCGACGCGCGCGGUCGCGACGGACGGCGAAGGCGUCGACGCGCGGCCGAGCGGUGCCAUCCCGACGCCUCCCCCCGUCGCGGCGAACGCGCCGCGCGCGCGAUACCGCGCGCGCCGGCCGUCGCGCGAGCGGCGGUGGGAACGGCCGGUCGAUACGUGGUCCGCGCCCGCGACGCGAGGGAAAAAGAAAUUCCUGAGCUGGGCGGAGCUGCGCAGACUGCGCGCGCAGACGGAGCUGAAGAUGCAAUCGCAGCGCUUGCGAGGACCGAACGGGGACGCGGCUCCGAUGAAGCGCGUCGACGGCGCGCCGCCGUCGUCGUCCUCCUCCGUCGCGGACCAGAUCCUCUUCGGCGGCGAUCUCUCCGAGCUCGACUUCGACUUCGUCCCGGGCGGGGCGGAGAGAUCGACGGACGACGACUUCGUCCCGGGCUCGUCGUCGUCCGACAAGCCCCCUAAGACGUACCGCGGCAAGGCGCUCGUGAAGCGCAUCAAGCAGCUCGGGGACGCGCGACGACUGGACGACGUCUUGGCGCUCGUGGAGCGAUCGGAGAUUCCGACGACGCGAAACGGCAGAAGGAUAACCGUCGGCGCGGUCAUCGGCGCGUGCUGCAAGUGCGGCGAUUUAGACCGCGGGCUGACGUUACUUCGACAGCUGGACGGCCCGGGCGGGAUCGGCGCGGGCGCGCCGUCGUACUGCGCGCUGAUACAAGCGCACGGCCGCGCGGGGCGGCUCAGAGAGGCGCUGCUGCUUCUGGAGACGUGGGAGAAGGGCCGAGGACCCAAGGACAGCAAGAUCGGCGUCGGCAGGAACGGCACCAUCUACGUCGCCGCCGCGGGGAAAUGGCAGAAGAAAGACGUCCCGCUUCGAAGCGAGAAGUGGAGGGACGAGAUGGGGACGGAGUGGCACCCGCCGAGGGUGGCGCAGACGCGAAUGCUGCUCACGAUUCAAGACGCGUGCGCGUCGUGCGGCGACGUCGUCCGAGCGAGGUUUUUUAAAGACCGCGUCUUGUCCUGGAACGGCCGGAUCCAAAACGGCAGGGUCGCGUACGACGGCGUGACCGACGAGGAGGCGGCGUGGAACGGCGUCGCGAAGGCGCACGCCUCGAGCGAGGACCCGCUGUCGUGCAUCGCGGUGCUUCGAGAGAUGGAAGAGGCGGGCGUGACGCCGUCGCAGUGCGCGUACAACAUCGCGCUCGCCGCGUGCCAAAAAGGCGGACGACCGGACUGGGCGCGGACGCUCGUCGCGAGGAUGCGCAAGGUGGCCGCGCGCACGGGCGACGCGAACAUGUAUCCGGACGCGAUGUCGUACACGACGACCGCGAGAGCGGAAGCGGGCGCGGCGAGAGGGUUCUUGGGCGCGAACCACGCCGGCGGCGUCGAGGCGGUGGAGGCGAUGUACGCUGAGGUUCGAGGGCCGCUCGGGCCGCCGCCGGACCCGCAGUGCUACGGCGCGCUCGUGGACGCGUUCGUGGCGUACGGCGCCGUGGAUCGCGCGCUCGCGGCGCUCGCGACCGCGGAGCGCGAGCCCGGGGUGGAUCUCACCGCGAGGGCGUACCUCGGGGUGAUGAGAUCGCAGGCGGCGCGAGGGGACGUCCGCGGCGUUCGCAGGCUCGCGGAGAGGAUGGAGCUCGAGCUCGGGCGCAGGAAAGCGGAGAGAGAGGCGAGGCACGCGCGACGGAAUAAGAAGAAGAAGAGGGGCUCGGCAGGGCUCGACGUCGACGCGAGCUCGCUCGCGUACGCCGCCGCGAUGGGCGCGGGCGCGGGCCCCGUGAACCUGGGAAGCAGCGGCGGCGCCGCCGUGGAAGCCGAGGUUGUGAUGUGCGAGGCGGAGGCGAAGGCCGCAGCGGGCGACGCGGCGGGCGCGCGCGCGGCGCUGGAGCGGCUCAAGUCGUUGGACUUCGCGUCGUCGUCCAAGGUGCUGCGCGAUCGCUCCACGGAGCUUUUGGUCUCGCUGUUCGUCAAGGACGUCGUCGGGAGAGGAAGCGCGGCGCGGUCGAGGGAGGACGCGGAUUUCGCGCAGGCGGGCGCCGCCGCGGCGAAGUCCUUCUUGAACGAACCCAGAGCGCCCGCGGCGCCGGGCACCGCGCGCCCGACGCCGACGCCCGUCUCGGACGCGUGCGUGCUCCAAGGCGAGGUCGACGAGGUCGGCGUGGACGGCUUCUUGAACUGCAACGCGGACGGCGACGCCGACGCCGACGCCGCCGCGGCGACGGCGGCGGCGGAGGAGAAGCAAAAGAGCAUGUGGGGCAUCACGCAGGCGCUCGAUCUCAUCGACAGCGCGUGGGGUUUCGCGUCGCUCGACGAAGACGACGCGUUCCUUCCGUCGCUCGACGAGGACGACAUCCCGAUCCCCGCCGCGGGCGGGUUCGGCGGCUUCCUGAACACUGCGGUGAAGUCCACGUCCGAUUGGAGUUCGCCGUCCACGCCGGUGCUGCGAUCGAACGAAGCCGCGGACGCGCUCGAUCUGUGGGCGGGCGCGGCGAGUCGUCUCUUCGCGGGCGAGGCGGAGCCGCUCAUUUUCCGCGGCGGCGUCGACCCGGGCGCGCUCCUGCGCGAGGUUCCGGACGUCGGGAUGACGAUCGACGAGGGCGGCGACGGCGACGUGGACGCGGCGUUCGGCGGCAAAGUCCUUAAGGAUCGGCGUUCACCACGCCGACGCGGUCGUAUGGGGACCAGUGUGACGGAGAACGCGGACGCGGACGCGGCGGGCGAGAGCGAGACGCGGCGACGCGAGGACGACGACGAGCCUCCUGGCGCGGGCGGCGGCGGCUGGUUCUUCUCCCCGGUCGGCGGGCGAGAGGCGAUCCGGUUCGUCGUUCGAUGCGACGAGCCCGCGGAGGCGGCCGCGGACGCCGUCGGAAGAGGGUUCGUCGCCGUCGUCAUCGACGAGAACCUCCGCCCCGUGGGGACGCUGCGCGGGUCGGCGAAGAAGGCGGAGGGCGUCGGCGACACAGCCGGCGGCGGCGGCGGCGACGCUUCCUCCGCGACGGUGCGAUCCGUCAUGGGACCGCCGCCCACGCUCGUGGAGGGCGACACCGCGACGAUCGGCGACGUCGCGGUGCUGUGCGCCGCCGCGGCGUGCGACGAGCCCGUCGCCAUCGUCGACGCGGAGGGCAGGCUGCGGCGGGUGCUUCGGCAAGAAGACCUCCUCGAGCCGGCGCGGACGACGGACACGUUUCCUCGGUGA